AUGAAAGUCGAUAAUGACGCUGUCGCUACUCUCCGGGAAGCUUCCCUAGACAAGUUCGUCGGAGGCAUCUGGGAGCAGAUCUACGGAGGCAUCGAUCUCGACCCCCAAAGUAUCUUGGAGCAGUGGCAAGCCGCCGCGUCCGCUGCAAGCGCAACGGACGCCCCGCCCCAAACUAUCCGCGAACACCCCGCGGCCCUCAACCUUAGCACCUCCGGGCUCUUACCCGCCACCGCUUUCCCGGCCGACGUAAGCGGCUCGUUCAACCAGAGCAACAUCCUCUGUCGCAAAGUUACCCAAGCAAGCCGCACCUUUCGAUCUAUCGAAGUGGUUGUCCAGGCCCGUUGGAUCGAGCACUUUGAGGCCUACGUCAAGACCCUCGCCGCAUCUAACCCCUCCACGUCAGUUACGAAGCACCGCAAAGCAGCACUGCUAGAAGCCUGCCAGGACUUCAGCUGGACCGAUAAGGACCUGCGCAACCGUAUGCGCAUAUGGAGCGGCUACAAAGAGAUCAAAGACGCAGGGGGCUGGGCGGCCCUCGUCUUCGCCGGCAUGGGCAUCUACCGCUUCUGCAAAUACCGCGUGGGCUUCGACGCCGACAGCAUGCAGACGCUCCAGACCCUCCGGCCGCGGCUCGAGGUCGCCGCCGACACGCUACACCCCAACUGGCGGCGGCUGCUGGCCGUAGUCGGCGAGCCUACGGAACGGCGCUUCACGGGCCACCCACACGACUGGGUCGUCUUUCCCUGCGGCGCCGCCGUCUCCGACCCCAUACCGCUGCGCUCGACUUACCUCGGCCGUGAUCCGCUCUUCAGCUUCGAGCACCUCGACGAGUCCAUAGUGGACGUCCACGCCUGGGGCGGCGACGAUCCGCGCUACGUGCCGCCACUACCUCCCACCACCACCACAACAACAACAGCCGCGACCUACCCCAGACCAACCUCCACAUACACAUGCCGCACCUGCCACCAAGUCCAAUCCGACGACCCAAAACUCAACAACUGCUUCUGCUUCCCCUCCCUCUUCGGCAGCGGCCCACGGGCGGCCAGCCCCGUGCAAAUCUUCCGCACGUCCAACGGGCGCAACAACGGGCUGCAAGCGCUGGUGCCAUUUGAGCGCGGGGCGGCGGUGGGGGAGUUUGUCGGGCUGGUGACGCGCGGCCUGCAGGACGUGGACGUGUUCAACGGGGCGGCGGGCAGUCGACCGUACCAGAUCUGGCAGGGCCGGCAGGGCAACUACACGCGGUUCGUGAAUCAUAGUUGUCGGCCGAACGCGCAGUUUCAGAGUUUUGUGUGGAUGGGGGCGGAGCGGAUCGUGUUGCGCACCUAG